AUGUCUGCUCUUCGUCGCGUUGGGUACGACCCUUCCUUUACUCUCUCUAAUCUCUGUUGGACUAGCCACAGGUCUGUCCAUGCAGCAGCCUCGAAACCUAUGACAAAUCGGGGCUCUAGGGCAACCCGGUCACGACCUCUGGCUCCCGAUACCCCACCCUCUACUGGGAAGACUUUGUCGCAACUAACGCAAGAGCUGGAUAUUUCCCAAAGGAGGCCCGCAAAGAGAGCCCGCAAACCGGCCGUCAACAUCGACGACGGUCAUGCGCCAAGGAACAAGCUCAUUGCAUACCUUGCUCAUAUCGAAUCCACCAAGGACAAAGUCACCUUGGAAGACAUCGAGCAAUAUAAACAUAGGAGGCGUCCUAACCCAAGGUCGUCUACAUAUGAUCAAGACUAUACGGAACUACUCGACGUUCUCGCUGCGUCUUUCACAAUACCACAACUCAAGCGCUUCCUACAGCUAUAUGGGACCCGCCCGCCUCCAAAAAGACGGUUGACAAAGCGCCUUUAUGCCGAAACGAUUAUGGAGAAAUGGGGAUGGACUUCGCUCGCUGAAGUGCAACAGGAUAGGAUAGACCAGUCAGAGGUUUCGGAACACCAAUUUCCGAUGGAGCCUGGGCCGUCUUUCUUGUUGAUGGGGAAAGAUGGCGCGGAUCUCCUCAGUCUAGCCAAACGAUACAAUGUCCAUUUAUCCUUUACCUCAAAUCCUCUUACCUUGAAAGUCCAAGGUCUGAAAGGGUCACUGAAACAGGUCGAGGGGUAUCUAGAUAUCUUCAAAUCAGGUUUAGAAUUUGAGACUUCCUGCUUACCUUUAGGACAGCGAGUCAAUCCGGAAGCCUCUCAGUCCAUAUCUCGAGCCUCAGGUGCUUACGUCGAGGCUGAGGCAGACGGAAAGCUCUGGAUAACCUAUCGCAAGAGUCAGCCCCAUACUGCCCAAAUUGCCAAAAGGUUGGCGGUCCAAACAUCGAUGAUGGACACGGACGCUUCGACUAAGGCUAUUUUUCUUCCAGAGGAGGCACUAGACAUCCUUUCCUCUUCGAAUCAUUCUUUGUAUCCCUUCCUUCCAAUGCAAACAAGUUCAAGGAAGUUGGAAUCAAGAAGUGCCUUCCGACUGCGUCGUGUUGGACAUUGGAUUACAGACGAUUCUUCCACCGAUGCUUUCACGAAAGGGCUAGCUCAUAAUUCUGGGACAGUAGCUGCCCAAAGCUCCAGGAUUGAUAUUCGGAGCCACCUACUCGGCGAGCUGGCGAAGGUCCCUUUCGAAGCCUCCUUUCUAUCUAUUACAGCUUCUUCGGGCCAUUUUCUUUUCCUCGCCCCUACGUCGCGUCCAACGUCUCUCGUUCCUCCUUUAGCAGGUAUCCAGGAGCCGAAUGUCAUCCUCGAUUGGAUCAAGAAAUCCCCUGACGAUACUUUCUUCAACCCGAGCGUGCCCCAAAGCUUGUUGUCUUCAGGAAAUCGCCAUGAGCGGCAGUUCCAUAGACUUGUAUACGUCGCUCAAUCUCUGGAAAAGCACCGCUCGGACCCUAUCCCAGAGUCCACGAACCUUCGCAAAAUACUCACUGUCGAGAUCCCCGAAGGACAGACCGGAGGGGACAUAGAGGCCAUGCCAAACGAACUAGACGCUCAAAGGGCAGCUGUAUGUCAACAAAGCAUGGAAACGGGCAUUGACAUCCUGAUCCCUGACAGCCCCUCAGAUAUUCACAUAUGGGCUACGAACUCGCGGGAACUAUCACCUAAUGAUUUACCGGAGGAAUUACGAGCAUUUACAGAGCGUUUGCGAACUCAGCCCUCCAUCGAGCAGGCGGACAUCCCUUUAAUGCUAACAUAUAAAGACACUCCGUAUAUUUUGAGAUCUAGCGAUCAUGUACGACAACGUCGUCAGUCAGUCCCGCUGGACACGUCGAAAGACGCACCUAUCUUCUUUCGUGGCGAGUUCCUUUUAGAAACAACUGUCGACGCAGUGACGGGAAAGGACGUCACCAUCUCUAAGGUAACCCUUACCAUAGUGCCUGCGUAUCACGUCGCUAAACAUUUUUAA